CUCCUUUCGCUGAGGCUCAGUUAAACGGGUGGGAUAAUUCGUUCAGUCCAAGAGGACAUUUGUGUGCUUGUGGGCACAGAUGCACGUUGAAUGUCAGCAGAAAAGGAGGGUGAUGUCUGUACCAUGCCUUAUUAUAUUCUUGGUCUGUAUAUUUGCUGUGUGGGAUUUAUGCACAGGAUUGCAAGAAAAGGGUGAAAAUGUACUGACGAUGACAACGUACAGGAAAAACAAAUACACAGUGAAGUGUAGUUUUUGGAAGUGGGGUCGGUGCACAAAAUACAGGCAACAGUCAGACAAGACUUACAGAUGCAAAACGGGGUACAGAUCAACCGAUAACAAAGGCUGCCCACAUGCUGUAUGUGACAAUGAGAUCCAGUCCGCUGCUUGCAACAUCGACUACAGGACAUCUCACAUCGUCUACAGUAACGGUAGGACACAGUACAAGAGUGGGGGCAGAUGUACUUCCCCUGGGAUCUGUGCCAACUGUAAUGAAGGCUUUUACCCCAGCAAUGAACGCUGCAGAAUGUGCAGUGCCAUCAGUAACUGUGACCUCGAGACAUGCACCAGCAGCAGCAACCAGGUGUGUAGUCGCUGUGAGGGGGUCGUGCUGGACCAGGCAGGACACAGGGCGUAUGUGGCGUCUUCUGAUAGAAGAUCAUGCAUACAGGCGUGUUCGUGGCGGAGUGACAGCACCCGGUGUUAUCCCGGGACCUGCAGGAACGAGUACGCCAGUAACUGUGCCUGCUCCAGCGGUUUCACAGGGAAACAUUGUCAGACAAUAACAACGAAGCCCACAAUAAACAUCAACCUCCUGAGACUGACCACCAGCAAUGGCGACACGACAGAGGCUCCUCCCAACAUCAGCAGUGGUCCAUCUCAGUCCACUAGCUGGUCAAACAUCAACUCUCCAUCCAGAAUGUACUACGAUUUUACGGCAGAAUAUAAAACAGAACCUACACCCGAACAUGCCUUCAUUGAAGGACUCAGUGUUGGAAUUGUCAGCGGUUCUGCGUCAUUCAAACUUGAGAGAGGGCGGCAUGUUGUCUCCACUAAGGUCUACACCUGUCGAGGAGCCAGCCAAAGCAGCCCGGACACAGACCUGUACACCUGUAAAGGAAACCUAUCAGGGACGUCUGUACUUCCUCUACCCUUACAACACAGAGACGUUAUCAGGUUCGCUUAUUCAACAAGUAAUGGAGGGUAUGUGGAGGUCCGGAACAAGGAGAGUAACACACUAGCGACCUACCACUACAACGGUGCCACACAGACCCACACCUUUACUGUGUCCAUAGACCUGGUGGAUCCCUAUCACUGUACUGGUACCACUGCCUGUGUUGGCAGCAUGCUGACUGUUCCCGAUGUUAUCAAGACUCCCACAGUGAAUCUCCGCUGGAGUGGCUGGUCAGAUACUGAUGCAGGAGUCGACCACUUUGUGAGGGAAGUGUAUGAACUCUACGCUGCUGGGGAUGUACUCAGGAAUAAACGUCCUGUUGACUCUACAAUGAUGACCAGCUCCACGACGACCAACAGCUACACACUGACUGAGGUGGGCGUGUAUUCUGUCGUCCUAACUGCCUAUGACAAGGGAGGCAAUCACAGAAGUACAAGAAGAAUCCUGAUAUAUGAUGGUACUUCAUCUGUAACAACACAAGCAAAUACAUCUCUCCGUGUGACAACAACAUCAUCAGCAACAUCAGAGUGGCAAACAACGUCAUCAUCAGUGACAGUAGACUGGACCAUCAGAUACAUCAACACAGUCCACCACAACAACAAGUGGCUCCACGGUGUGGCUUCUGUUGGUGACAUCAGCUCGGACUAUGACGAUAGGGAGGGUGACAGAAGUGUGGCUGCCAUCAACAAUGUCCAGGGUGUCACACGAAUAUUGUCGUCAUACAAUGUCGAUCACCAAGGAGGGUCGUCUAUCACCAAUCCACCAGCUGAUAACCUGUUCACCAGUCAAGAUCUGAGUCAGUCACAGACCAUAACACCCUCACUAGUGGACGGGGACACUGUACGCUUCUGGGUGCGAGCCUAUGACAUUAGACGAGAAUUCCUGGAAGAACAUGUGACAGUCAACAUCGACACAUCCCCUCCAGUCAUAGAGAACCUUUGGCUCACCAGGGGAGACAGACUGAACAUCAGUGUACAUGGAGCAGAGGAAUUUUCCGAAAUGACAAUGGAGUGGAUUGCAUACGAUGAGCACAGUGGCUUGGAAACGGUGUCAUGGAGUAUUGUAGAUAAAUACCAGGGUUUAGACAUCGUACAUGGAGUUGAGCACAUCACGGCUCAAGGGAACACAAGUAGUAUUGUUGACUGCAAGAGCGCCAAAGCUAAUGCCCCAAGGGGAGCUAACUGUUACUGCACGCCAGCCAAAGGCUGCUACCAUCGUCACUUCCAAGUAAAGCCCAUCGUAGUAGACAGCAGUCGCCGACGUGGAGGAAUAUUCAGCAACAAAAACAAGGGUUCUCACGACUCUGACUACUAUCUAGAGGUCACUGUAACAAACCACGCCAAACUAACAACAAAGGUGGAGUUUAAAGUGACAAUAGAUGCAAGUCCCCCUCAUCCUGGUGUGGCUCACGAGGGUCAGUUGGGGAACCCGGAAGUGGACUACCAGCAGCACCUCCAACUCUCCAGCCACUGGGACGGAUUCUUUGACAAAGAGAGCGGAGUCAAAUUCUACCAAUAUAAAUUUGGGUCUCACUGUCUCUCAGCGAAUGAAUUUGGAGCUGAUAGGUCUUUAGUCGAGGUCACGGAAACCUAUUCCACAUCCGCCUCCUGGACAGCGCCCUCUGUCGGCAAGUAUCACGUGACAGUGGUGGCCUUCAACCGAGCACUGGAAGCAUCUGACCCAGUGUGUUCUGACGGAGUGACUGUAGACACAACACCACCCAGUGUCAGUGAGGUGGCAGUGAGAGACUCCAGGGUGAUGGAGGGACUGGCCAAGUCAUCAGAUAACGUUGUGUGGUACAUCGACGCCCACAGAAGACGUACCCUGGUGGUCAGUCCAGAUGACAGUUGCAGUUCCAAGGCCACGCCAGUAGAUGACAAGAGACUGUCCCUGUUUCCAAUACAUCGGUACAACAAUGGAAGUGGGAUGCAGCUUUACAAUCCUGAGUGUGAAUCUUUACUAGCAUUGCCUGUCAGCUUCACCAACUUACUCUAUGUCUACAGGGAACACCACCUCUUCGUAAACUGGACUGGCAGUGACACUGAGAGUGGUAUCUAUGACUACGAGCUGGGGCUGAUGUCAGAUCCUUCUGGUGAAGCAGCUCCAGAUAUCCUGCCCUAUACGUCCACCCAUCAUCAUCCUCAGUAUCAGGGCUACCAUCCUCGUCUCAGUGAAGGGCAACAGUUCUACAUCGCCAUCAAGGCCAUCAACAAAGCUGGCAUCUCAACUGUCAGAGUGGUGGGACCAGUAAUGGUACACACAACGUAUCCUAUAUAUUCUGGACCAAUGACCGUAAUGCUGAAGGAAAAUUACCUGAUUGCACGUUGGACCGAGACAGCAUUCAUCGUCACUGAACAUGCAAAAUACGAAGUUGCAAUCGGAUCUGAAGGCGGUCAGUCGACAAUAAGCCCCUUCACGACGCUGAAGUCAGGAGGAGGUUGUACACUGACGUCGCCACCCACGUGUACAGCCGUCGCCCUCACAGACCUCCACUGGGACCUCCAUCACAGCCACACCUACUUUGUGUCAGUCAGAGUCACCAACAUAGUAGGACUUUCUACAGUGGCAGUAUCUGAGCCCUACGUCCAUGACGUCAUGCCGCCGUUACGUGGUGUAGUAGAAGACGUCAUUCCAGCUGGAGAAGAAUCUUUGCUUGAAAUAAAUAGUAUUCCUGACACAGACCAUCAAACAUCAACAACAACUCUAAGAGCCAGAUGGUAUGGAUUCGUUAAUGGUGUUGAAAAUGUUACAUACAAAGUCGGAAUCGGAUCUCAUCGUCUCGGAUCAGAUGUCAAUGAGCUGAUGGAAGUUGGCCAGGUUUUACAGCAUGAGUUUACUGGCCUACAUUUGCACGAACAUCAGAAGUAUUUUAUGACUGUCGUGGCUGCCACUGGUGCAGGAGAGAUGACGGUGUCCUCUGACGGUGUGACGGUUGUCAGGCCAAACGCUGAUGUCACAGAUGCCACUAUCAGAGAUGGACCAGGAUGCCGGAAUUCUGGUAUACAAAGGAAUUACUAG